UGCAUCACAAGGCUAGCCAACUUUGUGUAAGGUUACAGUUGCUAUGUGCUGUAAUGGCAAUAAAACUUUAAGCUUAUGAAGCUCUAACACAAUGCAUUUCUGCCACAAAUCUGUUCUGUGACUUUUUAAUGAAGAAAAAGAAAAUCUGUUUUUUGUGCACUUCUGAGUUUCUUUUCUGUGGAACCGAUGUAUUAAUUUAAAGGCCACCUCAAAAAAGCAUGAGCACAGAAGAAGAGCCUUCCAACAGCACUGUCUCUCCUACCUCGACUUUUAGACAAACUUAAGGGGUGUUCCAGCCCAGAGACGAACAGAGCUCAUUUACCUGUUUCAGUGUUUUACUCUAAUGGAUAAUGAGAGGUUAAAGUGGUCAUGUAAAAAUAAAUUGUGCUGUUUUUGCUACAUAAACCCACACAAACAGCAUAAGUGGACAUCAGAGGAAAAAUACACCAUAUUUAUUGCAUAUGGGCCUUACAAUAGCUGAAUCCACCUGAGUUGAGGUCAAAAGUUCCAGGUGCAAUCCUGGAUAAUCUAGAAACCUCUGAACAUUAGGACACUGGCUAAAGUUAGCCACUAUAUCUGACAAGUGUGUGUGGUCAGUAGGGCUUAACGAGCGCCAAAGCAGAUUGACAGGGUAUUAAAAUACCACAAACCCAUUUAGAAUGACUUCUUUAAGCGUUCUUUAACGUUCAGAAUGGUAGUUCACUUAGUUUGCUCAGUAUUGUAUUUAUUUUAUUAAUUUUAUCAACAAGCAAAACAUAAUGGGUCAAGAAGAGAGUGCAGAUCAUAAGGAGGUAGAUUUGGCACAAAUUCAGGGGUUAUGUACAACCUUCAUGAGGGAAUGUCCGAGUGGAGCCUUACACUUGCACGAAUUCAAACGGAUCUUUGGCGUCCAGAGAGAAUCGGAGGAGGAAUCGGCAUAUAUGGAAACAAUAUUCCACUCAUUCGACACUAACCAGGCAAGUGAAACAAAACAAGCUACUCUUAGGUUAUAUGACUCUUUCGAAGUCCAGCUGAUAUGGUAUUUCUUAAUGUUAUGUAUUUAUUUUAAACCUUUUUAGGACAAUACCAUAGACUUUAUGGAAUAUAUAGCAGCGCUACACCUCGUUCUCCGAGGAAAACUAGAAGACAGAUUGAAGUGGUCAUUCAAAGUUUAUGACAGAGAUGGAAAUGGUCGCUUGGACAGAUGGGAGGUGAAACACAUCAUAAAGAUAAUCUACAAAAUAAAGAUGAGGAAUACCGAUAUGAACAUGACCCCCUGUGAAGUCUGUGACAGGAUAUUUGAGCUGGUUGACCAAGACAAUGAUGGUCAGAUCUCAUUAACUGAGUUUUUGGAAGGAGCAAAGAAAGACAAGUGGGUGAUGGAUCUUCUGAAGCUGGAUGUCAAUGCCAGUGGCUGGUUCAUCCAUAACUGGAAUAAAGGACCAUGAUCCCAGAAAGACCUUCUUGUGUCUGAGACAUGGGUCCUUCCGUUUUUACACAGACCCACUCAGAGGGGAUAACAGUUUGGCCUUCCUUUACUUAUCCUGGGAUGAUCAAACCACAGCACAGAGCGGGCUCACCACAGUGUUGAGCACCACAGUGCUCUUGAAUGCAUGAAUUGUCAGAUCAUUGAGCAGCUUUUAUCCUGGUCAACUUGAACACUCACAAAGUAAGUGUAAUUUGCUGGUCUUUACAUGGUUGUAUUGUUCAGUCACAUGAGAUGGUAUGACGUUUUACUUGGACUGAGAUGUUAUACAUUAUAUAUUAUACACUAUAUAUACAAAUGUAUUGGGACACCUACAUAUUACACCCACAGGAGAUGGUAUGACAUCCCGUUCUAAAUCCAAAGGCAAUGAUGUAGAGUUACAGCCUUUAUGGUCCUUUCUUUGUGUACUGGGGUUCAAUCAUGCUGGAACAGAAAUGGUUCUUCCCCAAACUGUUUCCACAAAGUUGGAAGCAUACAGGUGUCCAGAAUGUCUUGAUCUGCUGAAGCAUUAGGAUUUUUGCUAGAAACUAAUGGUCCUAGGCCAACCCUUUAGGCAUUAUUCCUCCUCUACCAAACUUUACAGGUGGCACAAUGCAGUAAGGCAGGUAAUGUUCUCCUGGCAUUCACCAAACCCAGACUCAUCAAUCAGACUGCUUUACACCCCCACCUUUUGGCAUUGUACAUUUUGUUCUUAGUCUUGUGUGUAACCGAAAUCCAUUUCAUGAAGUUCUUGUGCUGAUGUUGCUUCCAGAGGCUAUUUGAAUGAGUGAUUCAACAGAAGAUACGCACUGUGUCCCACUCUGUGAGUUUGUGUCAUCUAUUGCUUUGUGGCUAAGAUGUUGUUGCUCCUAGAUGCAUCCAUUACACAAUUAAAGCACUUACAGUUGACAGGGGUAGAUCUAGCAGGACAGAAAUUUCACAAACUGACUUGUGGCAGAGGUGGCAUCCUAUGACAAUGCCAUUUUUAAAGUCCCUGAGGUCAUCAUUAUGGCUCAUUCUGCUGCCAGUGUUUGCCUUGUCUGCAAGGCUAUGUGCUUCAUUUUAUUCACCCAAUGUAUGUGGCUAAAAUACCUGAAAUCACUAUUUAAGAGGUGUGUUCCAAUACUUUUUUCUGUAUAGUGCACAAAAUGCUUAAUACAUUACGGUUGAACAAU